AAUAGAUUAUAGAACAUCAAAUCUUCUUUUUUUCAUGCUCUUUGAAUUUAACUAAUAUUCAACAAUAUAACAAUUAGAGUUUUAAUGUAAAUCAUUCUGAGUCAUUUCAAACAGACUCAAUUUGCCUCAACAUGCCAACAGCUCGAGCUGAAUAAUUUGCAUAUAUGUGUUAUAAUUAAGGAAACUCCUACCCUUGAAUACACUGGUUGGAAAUGUUAUCUAGCCUGUUUCUGUUUAACACAAGUGACACCCAUGCAAGAGAAUUGAAUAGUAUAAGAUGGCUUACUAACAGGACUGUCAUUUUUAUUAUGAUUUCAGGAAACCCUUGUGGUUGUUUAUCAGUGCAGACAUUUUUUGACGAGAAAAACUAUCAUGUAGAACCAACCAAGUAUUUGUAUCACUCAAAAAACAACUUUCACAAGUCUUCAAACAGGUUUGAAUCUGAUGAAGUUGAACGGCUGUUCCAAGAGGAACUGUUUGAGCCUUUUGAAUUUCUUGCAAUUGGCACCUUAGGCAUGGAAUUACAAGGUACAGAUCCCCCAACACCAACACUGCCAAUGCCUUCCGAUGAUUUGACCAAUUAUCGGAUAGAGAUAACCGAAAAUGAUCUCCAGCUAAUAAACUAUGAGCUAGAGAAGUUUCUUGAAGCUGCAGAUAAAGAGUUAGCUAAUGAGACAUCUGGACGGAGUAGUCAAGCAAGCAUAAUAACCCUCAGCAAUAAGCCUAUAGAGGGAGAAGAUUCUGAUGGUCAGACUUUCUUCACAGAUUUUCCUCUCCAAAGUUAUCUCUUAGCCAAUUCAAUUGAAGUAGCGGAGACAAAUAAUGCGACAGGGAAAGAAAAAACAUCCCUUGAAGAUCUCUUUAGGAGGAAUAAUAUAGCCCACACUGAUCCAGCAAGGGAGUUCAAAGGAGCAGAACAGCGCUCAAGGAAAAGAAAUGUCACUUGUUUCAUGAAAAAAGUGGUAAAGAAGUUCCAUUCUUCAUCCAGCAGCUCAACAACUACUUCUACGGAUGGAGAUACAGUGCCCAUCUCAAUGAAGAAAAAGCUCUCUAAGGUUCUUAAAAAGCUGCAAAGAAAGGUUCACCCUGAGGAUAUGACUGGUAAACACAUUCUCCAUAAAGAUGUCUUCAAGACCGAAGUAGUUGAUGGAAAUAAGAUGCUUGGUCCAGCUCCCAGAAAAACGAAGGAAAACAGUAAGAAAUUAUCUUCAGAUGAUAUCUGCAAAGGUUCUUCAACAACUAAUGGAGGGCACUGGAUUAAGACAGAUUCUGAUUGUAAGUUAAAUUGUGAAAUAACAUGCAUUAUGUUCUUGAUUACAUACACUUGUCUAAAUCAAUUUUUCUCUCCUUUCUCGGGUAUCUAAAUAACAAGACUUGGUCCUGGAGUUGUAAGGACCGAAACAAUAAAAGCAAGGCAGGCAUCCAAGUUUAAUUCGACUUCCAUGGGUGGAGUUUGCUCGGGUAUGUGCGUUUGUGAAUUUAUCCAGCAGUGAAGUCAGAACUGAAUAGGUUAGCAGGAAAUAAACUAGGAGUGUCUCCUAGCCAGUGUGAUCUACUGUGAAGUGCUAUGGUAGUGGAUGGUAAUGCUAUUUGUAUGGUUGUAUCUCGUUCUUCUGUACAAUUAAAACUCAAUUAUCGAAAACAAUGCUAUGUUUGUACUAAAAGCUAUUUGUUCAAUGCAUUGAGUGCUUGUAUGACUAUAACAUUGCACAAAAAGCUUAGAAUAGUAUCAUAUUUGAGGUCUCCGUAACUUUUAUCAGUUGCAUGUCAAAGGUUUUAAACAGGUUCCCGUUUGUUAUGACUUAUGAGGCUAUCAUCAUGGAAAUUAACACAAAGACCACUUUGUCCUAGCCGCAAUUACUUUGCACAUCUUAUUUUCCAGGCUUCCAGCUAAAUUGAAUAUGCUUGAGAUGAGACUAUGAUAUGAAUUUCACAAUUCGCAGCAGACUACUGUACAG